AUGUCGUGGAAGGUUUUAGCGCUCCUGAUCUGCAUUGUCGUAGUGGCGAGUGCACAGCACCACUACAGCUACAGUCAUGGUCAUGGACAUGAUGACCAUCACGAAGAUGAACACGAUCAUGGUCCUGCACAUUAUGAAUUUCAUUAUUCUGUGAAAGAUCCUAAAACGAAGGACAUUAAAAGUCAAAAGGAAUCUCGUAAGGAUCACAAAGUCGAAGGUUAUUAUGAACUAAUCGACUCCGAUGGACAUCAUCGUAUUGUGCAUUACAAAGCAGACAAAAAGACAGGAUUUGAAGCUACGGUUGAACGUAAACCAACCAAAAUAAAAGUACCAAUUCCCAAGAUUACCUAUGAACAUCAUGAAGACCAUCACGAUCAUCACGAAAAUCAUAACGAUCACCAUCAUUACUAUUCACAUUAG